AUAUCAUCAAUCCAUAACUUGUGAGAUUAUUCUUUGAUUCACAGAUUAGCACGUUAUAAUGUGUGAUAUUGAUUUAUUUCGAAACAAUCCGGAGAUCAUCCGAGAGACUCAACGCCGGAAAUUUGCUAACGUCGAAGUUGUUGAUGAGAUAAUCAUUCUCGACCAAGUAUGGCGUCAACGUAAAUAUGAAUAUGAUUGUGCCCGAAAAGACUUCAACAAGCUUAACAAGGAAGUGGCCAAGCUCAAAAUUUCUGAUGCUGAUGCGACUGAGAAGAUUCAGCAAGCAGAGAUUAUCAAACAAGAAUGUACCAAUUAUGAGGCGGAAGUUCGUGAAGCUUAUGCUGCUUUGGAAGCUAAAUUGUGGACAAUGGGAAAUCUCAUCCAUGACUCAGUUCCAAUUGAUAACGACGAGGCAAAUAAUCUCUUGAUUAACGUUUCGGGUGAACCGCGGGUUGCUUCACCUGGUGAGGAGCUAACAAACCAUGUGGAUCUCGUUGAGUUUCUUGAUAUAGUAGAUACCAAGAGAGGUGCUAAAGUUGCCGGAGGAAGAGGCUAUUUUCUAAAAGGAUAUGGCGUGCUCCUUAACCAAGCUCUUAUCAACUAUUCUUUAGCCUUCUUACAAAAGAAAGAAUUCUCAGUUAUACAACCUAAUUAUCUCAUGACGAAGGAAUCCAUGGCCAAGUGCGCACAAUUGUCACAGUUUGAUGAAGAACUCUACAAGGUGACUGGUGAAGGAAAGGGAAAUGAUGAAAAAUUCCUUAUUGCAACUGCUGAGCAACCUCUUUGUGCACAACAUCAAGGUGAAUGGUUCCAUCCGACCGAGCUUCCGAUAAGGUAUGCUGGUUACUCGACCUGCUUUAGAAAAGAAGCUGGUUCCCAUGGAAGAGAUACUCUUGGCAUUUUCCGUGUUCACCAGUUUGAGAAAGUCGAACAGUUUUGCAUCACGGGUCCUGAUGAUUCGUGGGAAAUGCUUGAAGAGAUGCUGAAGAACUCGGAAGAAUUUUACCAAUCGCUUAAAAUUCCAUACCGAGUCGUGUCAGUUGUCUCUGGAGCUUUGAAUGAUGCAGCUGCAAAAAAGUAUGACUUGGAAGGAUGGUUUCCUGCGUCAGGGACUUACAGAGAGCUCGUGUCCUGUUCCAACUGUACAGACUAUCAGUCUCGAAGACUUAACAUUAGAUAUGGUUACAAAAAGAGCAAUCAGGAGACGAAGAAGUAUGUGCAUAUGCUGAAUUCGACUCUUUGCGCAACACAGAGGACCAUUUGCUGCAUUCUCGAGAACUACCAGCGAGAUGAUGGCGUGGACAUCCCUGAGUUUCUGCAACCUUACAUGGGUGGAGUGACGUUUUUGCCUUUCAAGACCAAAGGCAAAAAAUCUAAAGCUUGAUUGAUAUUAUAUAUAAACAAACAAAAAAUCAGUUUCAGU